GCCUCCGCCCGCCCCGACAGCUGUUCUCAGCCUCAAUCCCGGUGCUGAUCUUCUAGGAAACCGCCUUGUGAGCACGGAGCGCGCCCCGGGUCCCCGCAGAGAAGCGCGGGCGCGCUGGGAAGCCCCCGGAAAGGACCAGGAGCAGUGACAGGCCAUGCCUCCCGCUGCUGCAGUUUCUGUCCUCGACCGCGAGCCCGCGGCUCUGGGGGCGCAGCCAGGCCCCGGAGAGACAGCAUUUUGAGGCGCCAGGGCCUCCGCCUGCCGCGACCGCGCAGGAGGGGCACAGGGCCCAAGCUCGCCUGCAGUCCUUGCUUUCUGCGGCCCCGCCUCGGCUCGCUUCAUCAGCUGCCGGCCGCCAUGGCUUUCGCAGCCCGGGAGAGCCCGACGCUGCGCGGGCUGCUGUUGCUUUGCCUGUGGCUGCCGAGCGGCCGCGCCUACGCACCGCCAUCCCAGCCGCUGUCAGAGCUGCACUCGCAGCUCUCGGGCGUGGAGCAGCUGCUGGAGGAGUUCCGCCGGCAGCUGCAGCAAGAGCGGCCGCAGGAGCUAGAGCUGGAGCUGCGCGCCAGCGGCGGGCCACAGCAGGGCUGCCCGGGCCCGGGCGGCGGCGGCUACAGCACCAUGCCGGACGCCAUCAUCCGCACCAAGGACUCCAUCGCGGCAGGCGCCAGCUUCCUGAGGGCGCCGGCAGACGUGCGGGACUGGCGACAGUGCGUGGCGGCCUGCUGCUCCGAGCCGCGCUGCUCCGUGGCUGUGGUGGAGCUGCCCCGGUGGCCCGCGACCUCGGCCACCGCGCUUGGCUGCUACCUCUUCAACUGCACCGUACGCGGCCGCAGAGUCUGCAAGUUCGCGAUGCAUCGCGGCUACAGCAGCUACAGCCUCAGCCGCACCCCGGAGGGCGGGCAGCAAGGCCUAGAAGCUGGCUUCGGGGCCACCGCUCGGGCCUCGCCUCGGCUGGGUAAGCAUGCCACUGAAGGCCGCCGGGGUUUCCUGUUUGGGUGUCAGGUGCCUCAGUCAGGAACCCUGAAGCUGUCCCACUUGCAGGAAGGAACGUACACCUUCCAGCUCACUGUGACGGACACUGCUGGGCAGAGAAGCUCCGACAACGUCUCGGUGACAGUGCUUCCCGUGGCCUUCUCCCCGGGAGGAUGCUUGAAAGUCUGCUCUCGCCACCACUUCUUCUGUGACGAUGGCUGUUGCAUUGACAUCACCCUGGCUUGCAAUGGUGUGGAGCAGUGUCCGGAUGGGUCUGAUGAAGACUUCUGUCAAAACUUGAGCCUUGAGAGGAAAAUGGUGACCCACAUAGCACCUGCCCAGCCGAGAACCACAGGACCCAGCCAAGAGGCAGCAGGGAGCGUCCUGUUUGAGAAGUCCCAGAAAACCACUGCCCCAAACUGGCCGUCUGCAAUAUCAAACACGGAGAAGAGGAAUCAUUCCACGUUUUGGACACCAAAGACUCAAAUUGAUCCUGUGAUGCCAGAUAGCGGUUCCUCAGGGAAGAACAGAAAAGAGGAAAAUUAUAUUUUUGAGUCAAAGGGCGAUGGUGGAGGAGGGGCACACCCUGCCCCAGAAACAGGUGCAGUGCUGCCCCUGGCGCUGGGUUUGGCCAUCACCGCGUUGCUGCUUCUCAUGGUUGCUUGCCGACUACGCCUGGUGAAACAGAAACUUAAAAAAGCUCGUCCCAUUACAUCCGAGGAAUCUGACUACCUCAUCAAUGGGAUGUAUCUCUAAUAAGUGUAACUUAAGUAGCUGGGGCAAGGACACGUUUCACUUAUAAUUAUACAUAUAUUGCUUUCAGGAUAUUUAUAACUUUUGUUUUUCACUGGCUAAGAAAACUACUGAAAACGCAGAAGAUUCUACAAUCCCCAAACCUUUGUUCUUAUUUAUUGUAGAUUUUCCUUGGGAACUAUGUGAAAUAUUUUGAAAUUUAGAGUCCAUAUGGUUAAAGAUUUUACAAAUCUAACUGUGAUUUUACCUAAGCUGUCCCUGAAGAUAGAAAUAUGUAGUUAGCCACGGCAGAAAAUUUAGCAUCUCAAGAGGUGGCCUUAGAGUGGCCGUGUUAGUAACCUUUUACUUUUUGGAAGUCCCUCGUUGCCUCUGGCAACCUGUACCUCCGGCACCGCCUGGGCCUGCGGCUCUCCUAUUCCUCACCUUAAGCUUCCAAAGCUCCCCUUUUUCUUCUCCCUCAAGAAUUGAUCUCAAGUGAGUUUAUACCUUUGAUGUUACCUAUGGUAGGAAUAUCUAAAUUGUAAACCUUAUGAACAGGUCAGUGUGUCUCAGGGAAGGUGAAUGUGUGUUCUUCCAACACCUCUGACAUCAUGUCAUGUAGUGGCUGCAUCCUUAGGCUGAACUUUGGGAGAAAAAGCUCAAGAUGGGAUUACAAAUAGCUCCAACAUGGUCAUGAAGUGAUAUGAGAAGUCAGGGUGGAAGCAGAGACCCUGGCAGGUCAAAAUUGUAACAGAACUUAGCUGAGGCCAAAGUGAGCAAAGAGGAUGAUUAGUUCUUGUCUCUACUCAACACUGCCUGAUGGUCCAUAAUGCAGCAGCGCAUGUUCAGUCACCGGGUUUCAACAUUAGUCUGUGUUGAUGGAAAAGUACAUUUAAAUUAAAAAGCAGAACAUGGAGUGUAUUUCUGGGUGCCGCUUUUGUAAAAAUGUCACAUGUUUAAGUAUCAUCAAAUUCUUUCGUCUAGUGGAAUGGGUUUUCCCAUUAUUUAUUUAAUGCUAUAAAAUGUUAUGUGCCAUCAGCUAAUGCCAGGCUGUGUAUUCCCAGAGUACAAAGCAGUUUUGCCCAAAUUUAUCUUUACAGAAAACAGGCAUCUAGCUUAGCAUCUCUUCUAAUUAAUAGGAUUUUAAAGGCAAAUUAUUCCCAUCACCAGUAUUGCCAGGAUUACACAUUUUCUAGGAAUUAUUCUACUGAGAGGAAUGUAUCGCGGUUCCUGUGGUAUCUACAUUCACACGAUGUUCCUAUUUCCACACUGUGGUUCUUCACCGUAUGUGGAAAAUCUUUUAAAGGUCUUGAAAACACUCUAGCACACAUGUUCACACUGAGCCUGAAACAGGUUGUUCCUUUAGCAAAGAGCUUAAAUUCAGUUGGAGAUGUAACAGAAUACAUUCACAAAUGGAAAAUUAGUUCCAGAAAAAUGAAAUUAUUUUUAUUUCCUGAAAAGUUUAAGCGUUUUGUUGAAUGUUGAGAAUUGAGCAAAAUUUUAAAUUUCUCAAGGGCAGUUUAGAGAACUGACUGUGAAUGAACUAAAGAUGUUUGUACUCUAUAUGUGAUGCUGUGCAGUUUGUUUUUCUAUGGAAGGAUGUCACCUAUAGCCAUACCCAAUAAAAUAAAUACUGUUAA